CAGGAUCAGAGGAGAGGAGGAGGAGGACGGAGCAGAUAUCCCCCGCACACAGCAGCAGCAGCUCCUCCACCAUGCACACACCCGGGCUCUCCUCCGUUUGGCUCUUCUUCUUUGUCUGGGGCUCCUCCCGGACUCUCGGCGGAAAAGUGAACAAGCACAAGCCAUGGAUUGAGACAUCUUACCAUGGCGUGAUCACAGAGAACAUGGACACCGUGCUGCUGGACCCCCCUUUGGUUGCUCUUGACAAGGAUGCCCCAGUCCCCUAUGCUGGGGAGAUUUGUGCCUUUAAGAUCUACGGUCAGGAUGCUCCAUUUGAGGCGGUGGUGUUGAAUCGCACAUCAGGAGAGGGGGUCCUGAGGGCCAGUAGCCCUGUGGAUUGUGAGAGCCAGAAAGAGUACACCUUCAUAAUCCAGGCGUAUGAUUGUGGGGCCGGACCCAGCGGGGCCGACUGGAAGAAAUCACACAAGUGAGUCUAGCCGUUUGUGUUUUGUGUUCCUAUUUAAUUUAAAUGUGCUUCUGAAUUUUUCAACUAAGAAACGCAUCAAAGCAGUUGUUGAUGGCCCUGGUGUAAACGGAAAUUGUUACAGGUGGAAGCAUGGGACCAGGAUUGUUCACCACAAUACAGCCAAAUCUGCAACUAUGAAAUAGUAACUGCAGGGACACCAUUUGCCAUAGACCGCAAUGGUAACAUCAGAAACACAGAGCGACUGAGCUAUGACAAGCAGCAGAGUUACAAGAUCAUGGUGACAGCCUUUGACUGUGGUCAGAAGAGAGCAAAGGAGGAUGUGGCUGUGCAUAUUGAUGUCAAGCCUGUCUGCAAACCCGGAUGGCAAGGUUGGAACAAGCGGGUGGACUAUGAACCAGGGACCGGCAGCAAGCAACUGUUUCCCAAGAUGCGCUUGGAAACCUGCGGUGGUCCCCUGUCCGGCGUGAGGGCGAUGGUAGAGCUGCAGACCAAUCACAUCGGGAAGGGCUGUGACCGUGAAACGUACUCUGAAAAGUCUCUUCAAAAACUCUGUGGUGCAGCAUCUGGCAGCACCGACCUCCUUCCUGCCCCCAGCCCUUCCACAAACUGGACAGCGUCUCUGCUGACUGACAGUGGGCGAGACAGUGACCUCAUCUACAGAUUCGACGGGCACCAGGCCGCCAAUGUUCCCGAUCACGUGGUGCCCCAAAACCUAACAGACCAGUUCACCAUAGCAACGUGGAUGAAACACGGGCCCAGUCCGGGGCUCAGAGCAGAGAAGGAAACCUUACUGUGUAACUCUGACAAGACAGAGAUGAACCGCCACCAUUACUCUCUGUAUGUUCACAACUGCCGCCUGGUGUUCCUGCUCAGGAGAGAUUUCACUCAGGUCGACACUUUCAGACCUGCUGAGUUCCACUGGAAACUGGAACAGAUAUGUGACAAAGAAUGGCAUUAUUACGUGAUCAACGUGGAAUUUCCUGCGGUGACACUAUUUGUGGAUGGUGUGACCUACGAACCCUACUUGGUGACGGAUGACUGGCCGAUCCACGCCUCAAAGAUUGAUACACAGCUGACUGUGGGUGCCUGCUGGCAAGGUGGAGAGGUAGCCACCCCCAGGUUCACUCAGUAUUUCCAUGGCAGCCUGUCAGGUCUGACGAUCCGACCAGGCCGGAUUGAAACCCAGAAGGUUAUCUCGUGUUUGCAGGCGUGUAAAGAAGGACUUGAUAUCAACUCCCUCGAGAGCCUGGCUAAGGACAUAAAGUUCCAUUUCAACCCUGCCCAGUCUGUGCUGGUAGUGGAAGGAGAGGAUGUGGACAGCAUCAACACAGCCAUGACCAAGGUCUCCUACAUCAACUCUCGCCAGUUCCCCACCGCAGGCCUCCGACGGCUACACAUCACCACCACAGUACAGUGUUUCGGGGAGGACACAUGUCUCUCCAUCCCGGACGUCAAGGCAGUGGUUAUGGUGCUGCCGCCCAGUGAACCGAGAAUCACAAUUACAGGAUCUAAUCGACUCGUCAGGCCUGCCGCUGACCUGCAGGGCCCGCUGGGUGUGGCUCCCUUCAAAGAGCUUCACAUCACCAGCACAGUAAUGAAGGGAGGCAGCCUCGGUGGAUUCCGUAGGCUGGGUGUGAUGGAGGUGAUGCACAACCUGGACUACUGUGACAUCCUGGUCAUUGGAGAAGAACUGAGCCCCGAGAGAGAGAGUCUGGAGAUUCAUCACAGUGCUUUGGUGGGAAAACAUCUGGACGCCACCAACUCCACCUCUGGAAUUUCAAUAUAUGGUGUGGACUCCAUGGCUCACUAUGAGCAGGCGCUGAGGCAGGUGCGCUACAGGAACUGGCAACCUGCCACUCUGACCGAGCGACGGUUCAGACUCACCUGCUCCGAACUCAACGGACGUUACACCAGCAACGAGUUCAACUUGGAGGUCAGUGUUCUCCACCACUCGGCGCCUGUGGAACAUGUCAAUCAUAUGGCAGCCCAGCCUCCGUACAUGAGGCCUGUCCAUCACCCACUCAUGAUACACACGCUCAACUCACACUUGUCAGGAACAGCGCCACCAGCAGCCACAGCAGUGAUCGUGGUUUGCAUCGCCGCCCUGGUCGUGAUUGUGGUGAUUGGGGUGUACAGGAUCCACACCACACAUCAGGAGGGGUCCAGAGAGGACGAGGACGAGGUCAAGGACCCUGAGGUGGACUGGGACAACUCUGCCCUCAACAUCACCGUCAACCCCAUGGAGAACAUGAGAGGAGCUCAGGCUCUGGAUGAGGAGGUAAAAGAAGAGAAGCGGGAGGAGGUGGAGGAAGAGGAAGAGGAAGAACAAGGAUUGACGAGUGCUGAGUCAGACAACAGUGAUGACGAUGAAGAGGAGGAAGAGAGAGAGGAGAUGAAGAAGAGGAAGCAGAGGGGAAGACUUGAGUGGGACAGUUCCUCAAUAACAUACUGACCACACACAUGCAUAAAUAUAUAACUAAACUACACAACAGUCUCUGCAAGUGUGUCGCUCCAGUUAUUUUUUAAUGAAACAUCUCCCUCUGCUGGACAAAGUCAGAAGUACAGAAUCAGCUGCUGCCUCUCAGCAUUUGUAUGCACAUUAAUUAAGAUUCACGUCACAGUCAGUGAGACAGAAAAAAAUACAUCAAACAAGCACAGCUCUUCAGUAUGUGUGCAGAAUUAGUCAGAUAAGAUUGAACCUCAAACUCUGAAGAGUGAAAUCUGAAAAAUGGCUACACAAGGAGGAUUCAAGCUUUUAUCUCCGCAUUUAAUAUUUACACUUACGUGUGUCCUCAGAUUCGUUUUGCAUUGUUUCCUCUUUAAAGAGUUUGUCUGCAAGAUGGUGAGUUAUUAACAGAUUUAACAACGAGACGUAUCCCCAUACAUACCCAUUAAUAAAUGUAUCCAUAAAACCUUUUUAAUAGAAUUCCUUCAGCCUAUUUAGUCUAAAUAGAAUAGCUGUAAUGUCACUAAGUGUGUAACCUCUGUUCUCAUCAUUAACUCAACAUCUGUAACACUUUUCUGUCUUUAACAUGUGUGUGAUCAGUGCUGAGUUUCACCAAACACAUCACAGUGCUGUGGUUCUGUGGCCUGGAGACCAGAGAGAAAUCUUCUUCUGCUUUUACCUAAAUAUUCCACAUUAAUCCUGAUUUACACACAAGUCAAAGAUGAAUUAUUAUCUGUUUAACCUAGAUUUUAGUUUUGGUUUCAAAAUAAUUUAUUUUCUGUCUGUUCAGAGCCGAUUGACAAAGUUGAUUGUGGGUAAACUACUCUCAGAGACAGAGCUGAUGUCCUUCAGAGCCUGUUUGCAUUUGUGUCCUGUACCAUUUUCACACAGUGGCCUCAUAUAGGGUGAGAUCGCUUAUCUUUCUUUUUUCAGCAGAUGAAAUUAUGGAGUUGUUGCUAUUUACUAUUGAAAUCUGCUUUUUCAUAUUUAUUUUUCUUUCCAUUUAAACAAAGUCUUCUAUGCAGUUAAAGGUCCAGUAAAACCAGUACAGACCCUGACAGUCCAACAUUUAGACGUGUGAGAGAAUCAGUGCAGUGAAGGAUGAGAUAUCCUGACCGGACUUUUGUUGCCCAGUAUCGGUCAAUCUCAAAAAUAUGCCCGAUCUUACACUACCCAUAAUGCAUGUCAGAUGGACAUCCCUGUAGCUUAAAAUCUCAGUAUAGUGCAGACCUGUAGCAGAGCAGAGAUGAUGUGGCUUCUUAAUGUGACUUGGCAAAGUUCCUCUUUUUAUCAUGGACAGAUUUUCAUGACCAUGGGGCACAAACCACCACCCACAUAACCACAAAGGCCAGGAAACCAUGCAGCAUAUAUCACUUUGAAAUUAUAUUUAUUAUUUUGACAUGUUAAGACAACAGGAAGUGUCGAUAUAGUUUUAACACAAUGAAAAUGUAACAUGAUUUAGUUUAAUUUACCAAACAUUCAAAGGAUUUCAUAAUCAUGCAAGAUUUCAUCCCAUAUUUAAAGAAGUAAAAAUACUUCACAAAUCUUACAGCCAAGGGACUCCAUUGGCUCCAAGACCAAUUACGAUAGUCUAUAUCAUGAACCCCACAAAUUCAGAGCCUUAUUUUCCUCUUUUUGCUGCUGAUUUGCAGAUUGUUACCAUGGAAAGGUCUGAGGGGAGUUAAUGUUUGAGGUUUGAAAUAGUCGGACGGAUCUGUCUGACAGAGUGUGAAUCAGAGGAACUUUGCUAAAUGUUGCUGGAGAAAGACGCUGAGUGAUUGUUUGUUUUACUGGUGUCCUCAGAACUUCCCAGAACCAUAAGCAGAAAUUUCACUCAUACUGAUUCCAUCUUGUACCAUUUAUUUUAACAGAUUUAAUCCCAUGAGUGUGUCUUCAUCCAGAUGAUUGGAAAGUUCAUGCCUCUCCAUGUCGGUAUCAUCCCUCUGAGCUCUCUCUCUCUCUCUCUCUCUAACUGGUUCUUUGUCUCCUCCCUCCCUCUGUUGGCCUUUGAGAACCUGUGGUUGUGAUGUCAUCAUUGUGAAACAACUGCCUUGCUCCCUUUGUCAUAUUGUGCUUCUGAAAGAUUAACAAGAAAAAAAAGAUUCUUUUACAUAUAAAAACAAACCCUGUAAAAAUGUUCAAGACAGUUAUUUUAUAUAUCCGUUUCUUUUUCUUUUUGUAAACAAAAUGGUUGGGAUCUCUCUCUCUUUAGUGGUCAUCCCACUGCUUUCUGUAUAUUGACCAAUAAAGACUUGU